CAGAUAUCCUCACCCAACAUAUUCCCCACCGCGUGCGCAACCCAUCUGAUGCUUUCGACGCGCUCCUCCAUUCUCCCACUCGCCUUCAAUCCACUCCUUUUGGCCUUGACUGCCAUUGUAUAUUGAUCAUCUACAUUUCCUCCCGGUCGCGACGUGCCACUGUGGAAAUCUGUAGUCGGGAGUCCUUGUUUACCCGACUUCAAUAAUACAUCUCCUUUACCCUCAAAUUUUCCACCAUCUCUCUUUCGCUCAUCAGAACGGAGUCGAAAUCAUGGCGUCUCUCGGGGAGGAUCUCCUGAACAUCGUCAAUAAGCUGCAAGACCUGGUCUUCAACACGAUCGGGAAUGAUUCUCUGGAUUUGCCUCAGAUAGUCGUGGUCGGAUCGCAAUCAUCGGGAAAAUCCUCGGUGCUCGAGAAUAUCGUUGGCAGGGACUUCCUUCCUCGAGGAAGCGGCAUCGUCACACGAAGACCUUUGAUCCUCCAACUCAUCAACGUCCCAAGCGAUCGAGAAGACAAGCCCGGAAAUGACGAAGUGCAUAUUCCUCAUACUCCAGCGAGCGUGGCCGGGCAGAAUGAAUGGGCGGAGUUCCUUCAUGAGCCGGGCCGUCGGUUCCAGGAUUUCCAGGAAGUGAAGCAGGAGAUCGAGCGCGAGACCGCAAGGAUCGCGGGCAGCAAUAAAGGGAUCAGCAGACAGCCCAUCAAUCUCAAGAUCUACUCUCCCUCUGUAUUAAGUUUGACAUUGGUUGACCUACCGGGUCUCACGAAGGUCCCUAUCGGAGACCAGCCAGGCGACAUCGAAAAGCAGACCCGAAAUCUCAUCUCCGAAUAUAUCGCAAAGCCCAACAGCAUCAUUCUAGCGGUCUCUCCCGCCAAUGUCGAUAUCGUCAAUUCCGAAGCAUUGAAGCUGGCACGACAUGUGGAUCCUAUGGGCAAGCGCACGAUCGGUGUGCUCACGAAGCUGGACCUCAUGGACCACGGCACCAACGCUCUGGACAUCCUCUCCGGCCGUGUCUACCCUCUCAAACUCGGUUUUAUAGGGGCGGUGAACCGGUCACAGCAGGACAUCCAAGGCAACAAACCCAUGUCUGACGCGUUGGAUGCAGAGAGGCAUUUCUUCAGGUCACAUCCGGCGUAUCGAAACAUGGCGAACCGAUGCGGCACACAAUACCUAGCGAAGACGUUGAACGGUACGCUCAUGUCGCACAUUCGAGACCGUCUUCCGGACAUCAAGGCGCGUUUGAACACAUUGAUGGGUCAAACGCAACAGGAGCUUGCAAGCUAUGGAGAUGCAGCUUUCACCGGCAAGGAGCACCGUGGAUCACUCAUUCUGCAGCUCAUGACGAGAUUCGCAACAUCGUUCAUCUCAUCGAUUGACGGUACAUCGUCCGAAAUCUCCACCAAAGAACUCUGCGGCGGUGCGAGGAUAUAUUAUAUCUUCAACUCUGUUUUCGGAAACUCCCUAGAAACAAUCGACCCAACAACCAACCUUUCCGUCCUCGACAUCCGGACCGCCAUCCGCAACUCAACCGGUCCACGGCCCAGUUUGUUCGUCCCCGAAGGGGCGUUCGACCUCCUCGUCAAACCACAAAUCAAGCUCCUCGAGAUCCCCGGGCAACGAUGCGUCGAGCUGGUAUAUGAGGAGCUGAUCAAGAUCUGCCAUACCUGCGGCUCCAACGAGCUUAGCCGCUAUCCUCGCCUCCAAGGCAAACUCAUCGAAGUAGUGUCCGACCUCCUCCGCGAACGGCUCGGCCCGUGCUCCCACUACGUCGAGUCGCUCAUCUCCAUCCAACGCGCCUACAUCAACACGAACCACCCCAACUUCCUAGGCGCCGCCGCCGCAAUGUCGUCCGUCAUCAACGACAAGCAGGAGCGCGAGCGAAAGAUCGCCCUCGCCGAGGAGCGACGGAAACGAGAGCGCAGGCGCAUGAAGGAGCUGAACGGCGUCAACGGGGUCGAAACCCCUGAAGAGGAGGAGGAACUGGGCGCGCAACACGUCGAACUCCCCAUGCGGGGCCAUGCGAGCAAGAUGAGUCGGAGCCUGUCUCCGAACGGCGCCCGUGGAACAACACAUAGUCUGGCCGCAACACUACAACAGGGGCGAUCCGCAUCUCCGGCUGCACGUCCCGGACAGGCACUGGGAGGACAGGUACCGGGAGGUGCAAGGGACAGCUUCCUCAACUAUUUCUUCGGGAAGGAAGGGAACGGCAACACGAUCCCUCCGACACAUGUGGCGCUAGACCGACCCGUAAGCAGGCAGGUCUCGUCACACGCGGAGCCCAGUUUCGCAGGCAGUAUCCGACGGGGAGACACCCGAAUGCCGGAGAGCGUGCUGGAAGACAUAGAACCUAACCUUCAAGGGGAGGACCCGCUUUUCCCCUACGACGACACCCCCGCGCUCAGCGAGCGCGAAGCCCUCGAAACCGAACUCAUCCGCCGGCUCAUCUCCUCAUAUUUCAAUAUCGUGCGCGAGAUGAUCGCCGACCAGGUCCCCAAGGCCGUGAUGCACCUGCUGGUCAACCACUCCAAGGAUGUGGUGCAGAACCGGCUGGUCAGCUCGCUGUACAAGGAGGAUCUGUUCGAGGAGCUGCUGUACGAGGACGACAACAUCAAGUCGGAGCGGGAGAAGUGCGAGAAGCUGUUGAAUACGUAUAAGGAGGCGGCGAAGAUUAUUGGGGAGGUGCUGUAAACGUGCGGUGGGGAAGGGUCGGGAAGGUGGUUGCGAAUGCCUGUAACAUCAUGAAUGUCGAGCGGAAUUGGCGGGGUCAUUUUCCAUGGAGUGCCAUCCCCUGGGACGGCGGACUUGUGUUGAUCACGUUGCAUGUGUUCCCCUGUUAUUAUUUCUUCGCGUCUCUCCAGUCUUCCACAUGCGUUUCGGGCGUUCUCGUCUCCUUCUCGGCAACGACCGAACUGUCACUCUGUAUGGAAUAUGAUGUCUUACCCCGGAAUCACCUUUUGCGUCGGCCGGCUAGACAUCGGUCGACAGAUGUAGAUAUAUGAAAACAUGUCCACUUUCACCUUUCAGUCGCGGUCCCCUUGCGUGACGUUUGUCCGUCGAC